AUGACCUUUGAGUUCGGAUCCGGUCAACCGGCCCCAUACAAUUUCGCGAUGGAAAGUACGGUCAAAUCCUUCAAGGAGCCGGAUGCGGCCUUCUACGCUGACACACGGGACGAGCGAACAAAGGACUUGGAGUGGCAGAUCGAGAAACUGACGGAAACGAAAAAGGAGACUGCACGCAGAGAGCAGAGAAUAAAGGAAUUGGAGGCAGAAAAUAAAAGGUUGGAAGCCAUGUUGGCGAAUAAUGGAGGGGCAUCGACUGCUGACAAGGAGCAUUCCACCCCGGAAGUUGACAAAGAUCUGCGACACCCGAGACCUGAUCACCAAGUACAACAACGCUUGAUCGAGGUGCAACCCAACUACGAAAGAGUAGAUUUCAAUGAGACUGAGAGACUUCAAUUGUGUUUGGAGGAAACAGAGCGCAGGAUGUCACAAAUGGAUGGCGAUCUGCGAAAGCAAAUCGAGGCCCUCGACACAGCACUAAAAGAAAGUGAACGGAAACAGGAGCAUCAAGCCAGCAGGGACCAGAGCGCGAUAGAUCAGCUUGAGAGUCAAUUGUUAGAGUCCAUCAAAGAACAAGAAGAUGCCACAAAAGGCCAGAAAGCCCUUCAGAGCCGAUUCGAUAAGCUUCAGGCAAGACUAAAGGAGACGAUAGAGUCGCGAGAUGCUCAUUUGACUCGGGUUGAGUCGUUGGAGGCAGCCUUGGAAGAUGCGAGAAGUGAGCUCUAUAAAACGGUUGAGAAGAAGGACCAGGAGUUAAAAGCUCGAAAAAAAGAGAUAAAGACGUUGGAGAGGGAUCUCUCCCUAGCGAAUGAAAUAACCGUUGACCCAGUAUCAUAUGGACCAACAACGGAGGAUAUAGAGCUGAUGAAGGAGGAAUGGGCCGCUGAGUACAAGAGCACUGAUCAACAAAAAGACGAAGAAAUUAAAGUACUCCAAGAAAAGGUCGCGACUUAUGACGGGAUCGCUACCCAGAACUCUCAAUCAUACUCGGACUUGCAGCUUGACUAUGACAACUUACUCUCUCAAUUCAAUGCUAUGAAGGAGGAGAGUGGACAUUUCAAUCUCGAUCCUUACGCCUUCAAUCCCACAACUUUACCCGCAAGUAUGGAGAAUCUUGUGGGUAGCGAAGAAGGAGGAGAUGUCGAAGUGAGUGAGUUGGUCGAUGCUGGAAUUCAGACAGAAGAGGUUCGCGGUGGAGGAGAGUCUAAGGCAGGAAACUAUACCGAGACUGGGACCCAGACAAAAGCCAUUAGCGAUAAAAUAGUGGUUGUUCCCGGGACCCCAACAACUGUCGUCGUUCAUGAUACCAUCACAGUCUAUGGUACUCGUCAAAGCACAUUCCAACAUAUCGCCGAGGUCAACGUCGGUGCGUUUCGAUACGUCGCUCACAGUCUUGCUGCUGUCUCUGGCAAGAUCUCAGAUCUUCUUCCCUUGGUUCGAUCGGUGGGUGAUGAGGCAGGUACAACUUCCGAGAAUCCGGAAGACUCUUUGAACAAUAUUCCGGAACCUCGCGUGCCAUCUAACAACGAGGACAAGCAAUCUCCUCCUGCUGAAAUUGCGCCCACUUCCUCUCUCUGGGACCAGCUCCGACACCCGCUUUCCUACCCCAAACCCGAGGCUAUCCCUCUUCUCUGGGACUUUUUUUUCCAAAUCGCCGUGCUGUACUUCCUAUACGUCUGUAGGAUGGUACUCAAAGAAAAAUAUAUCUGGAUGGAAGCAAAUAACAUCACCCGUAGCUAUCUCAGCGACUUGUAUAAAGCUCGCAAACAAUAUGGAAGAGGCGGCCUGAGUAACAUCCUGUUUGGGGACGAGGGUGGAGGCUUAACUAGGUGGUUGGUUAUGGGAUGGGUUGAUAUGUUUGGUUUGGGGAUUAAGGGAUUCCCUGUGCCUGGAUGA